UUUCUCUUAGUCUCAUUUUUAAUCCUUUUUUUCCUAUUUUACUCUACAUUAUGAUUAUGAUCAUUUACGAAAGCUUUCUACGCCGCCUAUGAACUACUUCGAAUCUUGCUGCCUUUUUGCAAAAUUAGAAUCUAAUCAUAAUAGGCCUGGCUUCUGGAACGGCUUCUCUAAUCUGCGAAGCUACAUCGAGAUUGAUGUUUCGCUUCUGCUGUGUCGAAAAGCUGAAAUGACUUUCUGAGUCCCUACCAUGGAAGCCGCCGUAAGAAGUUGUUUGCGCUCUUACUUUUGCAGAAACUUCGGCUAUGCCACACAAUGCCCCCUAAAAAGUUCAGAAGCACGUUCAGAUUCGAAUGGAAGCGUACAAGAAGUACAUCGACUCCUUACUCGACAAGGCGUACAAGAUCGCGUCGGAGCAAAUCGCAAUGAGCAGUCUCAACAACUCGACCGAGCACGACUUACACGAUCUGGCGACCAGAGGGGUCAUGUGCGCCCCCUCCGACCCCCUGAGCCCCUCGAUCUUCCACCAACUAUCCGUCGGCUCGAUCAGUUUACACAGUCCGGGGGGCAGAACCGCCCCGACUUCGGCGAUCGACGGCCAAUUCUUCUUUCAAAAACCGCCGGAACUAAAGCGCAAAUCAUACUAAACCAAAAAAGGAAAAAAAAAAAAGAAAAAGAAAAAUGCAAAGAUGGAAAUGGAAAGAUCUUCUAUUGUAGUGCAGUAGUGUUCUUAGUGGCCUUGUCCUUUUAGUUCUUUGUAAGAUAUUUCGCGGAACAAGGUUUAUUUUCCUUUAUAUUUCUUAUUAAAUUUAAAAACUUUGAUCUUUAAUAUUAUUAUUAUGUGACACUACUACACUGAUCAGGCUCUCUGUUGUAUGAACUUUUAUUAUUAUUGCAAUGCAAUUAUUAGAUAGUGAGCAUUACUUGGUUAUUUAA